UAGCAGCAGCAGCAACAAAAACAACAGGAGGAGUAGUAGCAGCAGCAGCAGCAGCAGCAGUAGCAGCAGAAGGUAUAUACCGUCCGCCGACCAUCCGACGUCAUGUCUGGCUCCAGGCUGUCGCCGACCGCCGACCCGCUGCAGCAGCCGACGUCGAAGAAACAGCAGCGAACUUUACUGCAGCGCGACCACGCCAUGUUUGUUCUUCUCUGCUUGCUCCUGCUGCUCAUUGGUAUGCAGUAUGCGGCAGGCGCCAUGAUGGGUCCAGGCAACACGCCCGUCUCGAUCAUGCUCACUUACCUGAACGCGUCGUCGCUGCGACGCGGUGGCUCCGUCUUCCCGCUCGCGCGCGCCCUCUUUAACGUCACGGAUGUGGCGACGUCUAGUGGUGCCACGCUGAACUUUUCGGCGUUUGAGUUUCCGACGACGCGGGCGAUCCUGAAUGAAUCACAUCCGCUGUGCCCGGUGCUGCCACCUAAGCUCGUCGGACCGCUAGCUGUACAGUUGACGCCGCCCAGUUGGGAGCAGAUGGAGAAACGCUACAGCAACCUGGAACCGGGCGGAUGGUGGCGCCCCGAAAACUGCACGUCGCGCCACCGUGUGGCCAUUAUCAUACCUUACAGGGACAGGGAGCCUCACCUGCGCAUAUUCCUCAACAACAUGCAUGCUAUGCUGCAGCGACAGCAGCUCGACUACGCCAUCUACGUCAUCGAGGAGAUCGAAGGUCCAAAGUUCAACCGCGCCAAGCUGUUCAACACGGGCUUCGUCGAGGCGUUGAAGCGCUAUCCGUAUCAAUGCUUCAUCUUUCACGAUGUCGAUCUCAUCCCUGAGGACGACCGCAACAUCUAUUCCUGUCCCGAGAGCCCGCGCCACAUGAGUGUCGCCAUCGACCGCAUGCGUUACCGGUNCUUAGCUACGCCACUGGCAGGGGGACGCAUGCGUUACCG